AUGACCCAACAACAAGAAAAAGAUGGAGGGAUGCAAGGCAACUCGAUUCUCUGGCAGGGAGACAACACGUUGGAGGGCUGCUUCCAUCUUUGUAGCGAGCAUAACUUCUCUUAUGUCAGCGUCAUGGUCAGGUUUCUUGUCAUUGUGCCAUCAAAAUUCAUGUUUGCUUCCUUGGCAUUUUCUGAAGUUGAAGCCUUUGAUAGAGCUACUGCCGAAGAAAACGUGAGAAUGGAACUUUCGGGGAACGUGCUUCUUAUAAAGUCUGCACAGAGUUUUCAGUGUCUCUGUGGCAACUCAAUUAAUUUGAAACAUCACAUUCCUUUCAGAAGAUGUGGAAACAUUUCAGAUGACCUCUUGGUGUAUGCAGUGAAAUCUGAAGUGGAUAUAAGUGGACAAAACUUGGAACAUAAUUUUUGUCCGAAUGAUGUUUCGUACUCGUCUGCUAAUUAUUGCGGCCUGGGAAUUUGUGAACACGGUUGGAAAGGAGAAUUUUGUAACGUUGGAGAAAUCAAAACAGUGGCAGACAAUACAGUUGGAUUGAAAAUUGGGUUAAUUUUCUUUUUUGUGGUCUCAACACUUCUCAGUAUUGUUCUCCUAUCGCUGAUUGCCUACAUCUCGUACAAGACAAUCAACAAGAGAAGAAGUCGCCUGAAAACAAACAUUCACGAUCGUCAGCCCUCAGGCAAGCAGCUUCACAUGAACAGUUUCAAUUUAGUUACAACGAUUGUUGUAUCAAACAAAAUGCACAUUCCGACAGCAAAUACUCUGAACAUCGUGAAGGCAACUUAUUAA